AUGCCUGUUACUGAGUCCCCCAAACGCCAGGAGCUCCGGGCGGUGCUGCGUGCAGUCACGAACCAUGUUGCAAGUCUCGAGGCGCAUGAAUACGACUCGAAUCAACUGGAGAAGCACAAGAUCCAACUUCUGCCCAUGGAUCUCAACGAUUCCAAACCCACCUUCUUUACCCCAUGUCUUUCAUCCCUGCUGCUGAAUCCGGACGAGGACUAUGAACAGGAAAGGCCGCCCGGGUAUUAUGACUUUGAUUCCAUUGAUCCGAUUUCCCGAAGACCAAUCGACUGUGCGCGCAAUAUGAUCAAUUAUUUUUCCUAUUAUGUUUUUGCCUGCGCUUGUCAUAGCAAGGACAAAAUCCUCGAUCGGGUGUGGUCGGGCAAAAACAGUAUUGGCGACGUGCCUUUUGUAGGCCUGAUCGAGUACAACUUUCCCGAGUACGCAUGUUUGCAUGCGAUUCAAGUCAAGGAGGGUUCAUACCCGCACCUCAAGGCUCUUCUUUAUAACGACCUGAAUGCUACGGACGGGAAAAUCCUCCGAGGAGAGAUCAUGAUUGCUCUGCGCCUUAUAAUCGCGCAAAUGAGACGAUCUCGCUUCCUCCAACAUAUGACUACUCCGGUCCUCCUAUUCUCUUUCAUGGGACCCCAGCAGGCUCGGCUGAUCGAAGCAUAUUUCAACGGUAGCUCCUUGGUGAUGCGGACGACGAGGCUUUUUGACUUGCGCAAGAAGGACGAGGAGUUGGUCAAGACUUUGGGGCAGUGGUAUUUUGGGGAUCCGGUGGGGGAUACAAAAUCUCCUUGGUAGACCUUCAGCUUUCUCUACCACUGUGAUCUGUGGUUAUGAUGGAGGUAAUGGAACUGGGUAAUCGAAUAUGGUUUGUUUCUUGGUGUUCAGGUUGGUUGGCCGGGUG